GGAAGGCAACACGGAGCAGCACAGGAGAAUUGCUGAGCAAGCCAAGGGUUGAUGAAACAUGGACGACAGGUAGAUCCACACACUCACGCUGAUCUCUGGGCUGCUGAUCUUCCUUCUGAUGUCACAUUCUGCCCAUUGCAGGCGCCAUACGAAUGCAGAUUCGCGUCGGCAGCCUCCAUCGCGUGACGGUGCCGACCGUGCGUCCGACCGUACGUCGCAGCGGCCUUCGAUGAAUGCAACACAAGGACCAGUUGGGGGAUGGGAGGCGCUGAGUGGUAAGGAGCCGACAGUCAGUCACACGGCGGCAAGCAUUGUGGUCUCGGUUUCCUCUUUCCUGUCAGCUCUUGGCGUCCCUCCGAGUUGGAUGAAGAGGUGGGACUCGCCAUCGAGGCGAGGGCGGCCUCAUGAAGCUGACGAGAGACCACGCGCGUCAUCACCGCCACCACGAGAAGACAGCCAGUCCGUGGGUCACAGACAGACAGACAGACAGACAGACAGAUAGACGCACAAGUGCCCACUGAGAUGAGAGCGAUGUCCCUUUGUCAGCAGCCAUCGAGGGCCUCACUCUCCUCCUCCCGCUCCCCAACUUGGUGCGAAUGGUUUUGCCGAGGCCGCCCACAGGGCACUGACGACCGACAAGACACAUGUGGCCAUCGAUCUGGAUGAGGGCCGCGACGGACGGGAGAGGGAUGCGAGGGAUGAUGGGGGAGUGCGUGAGAGGCAGCUGCUGCAGGAGACUCUCGAUGAGUCCAUCCAGAAGGUUGAUGAUGGUCGAUCCAUGUGUGGCACCAUGGUCGGUCAUUCAUGUGAUGUCUGUGUGGUGGACAGCUUCGGUCGAGUGGCGCGCUCUCACGGAUGGCCAACCACUUAAACACCCUCAUGAAGGUGAGGUGCCUAGAAACGAAUCCAAAACGACUGCCCACUCAAUCCGAUGUGCUUUUCUUUCUCCUGCCUGCCUGCCUGCCUGGUCAGCGUCAUGUGCCCGCGUCGGAUGAGGCCGAUCAUGGCCCCUCGUCAUCACCUCCCUCUAUCGGUAAUAUGCCUGCACCUGCCCCCAGCCUAGCCCCCGUGACCAUGACUCCUGCUUGUUGAGCAAGGCACGCGGCACCCAGAACAACGGCCGCAAAGGACACAGCAAACGUCGCUGCCUGUGAGCCAAACACACCACAUGUGGACACCACCACGGCACAUCAACUGAGUCAUCCAUGCAUCAUUGUCUUUGCAGGCAUCGGCUGAUCGGCGUGACACGCCGCCCGAUUUUUUUCGUCAGCGGAUCGGCCACAUCGACAUGGGCUUCGCCGACGUGGCUCUGGGUCUUCCCUCUAGGGGUCGUCAGGAGGCCUGCUACAUCGUGGAUCGUGUGAUGGAGAAGGAACAGGGAGAGGACUUCCCUAUGGUGAGAGAACAAGGAGAGGGAGAAGGGCGCCUGGGGCGUAUGCGUAUGUGUGUGUGGUCGUAUGGGUGUCAGGUUGAGCGGACGAUUGGUUAUGGUGCGCGAGGGCGGCAGAUUCUCAUCAACGUAAGAACUCACCACACAUACGUACGUGCUGGCACACUGAUUCACGCUUGACUGUGUCUGAUGCGACUGACUGGCUGGUGUGACCUCACCUGGCCUGCCCUGCCCUCUUGUCUCACUGUCUGUCUGUCUGUAACCCUCCUUACACACAUGGUCUGCUGUACGUGACGUGGUUCGUGUGUGAUGGCUGCGUAAGAAUCUCGAGGUCGACACUGUGGUGCGGGGAUGGGUGGCCGCUUCCGACAGGUAACAAGCCAACACACCUGCACUGCACACACUGGAUGACCGACCGGUGGAAUAAGCGGCAAAGUAAACUGUGUCUGCUCUGUUGUAUUCUUGCGAACCAGGGAUAAGGACGCGAUUGUGGUUCGCAUCUAUGCCGUUGAGGUCUACCCCCACGCAGCCACACUACAGCCAUCGACCGCACGAGACGGUGAGGGAGGGAGCCCAGCACACUUCACUUGACACCACAUGCAGUGCAGUGCACCAUUGCCGUUCUUUGCACGCCCGGCAUUCGCCCAUCCAUCCCUCCAUUCGUCUGUCUGUCUGUCAGGUGACAGUGGUCAGAUUCGUCGUCGCGUCCGGGAGUGGGAUCUGGAUCGCGGCGAGAUGGGCGUAUACGGACUCCUGCUGCUCGAAGGCAUACACGCUAACGAGGUACGGUAGGUCGACAAAGGACGGUCGACAUGCAUCCCAUGGCCCUCAUCCGGUGCCUUUGUGCCUUCGUGUCCGUACAGUAUGGCCUCGGUUGUCGUACGUCGAGUGGCAGCGGUGUGAGCAGCAAGUUCCUGCCGAUUGGCACCGGGGUGCGGGCCGUGGUGCUGGGAGAGGGAGGAGAACGGUUGCUCAAAAAGGUGGGUACCGAUCUGAUGCACGCCAGCCGUUGUCGCGCAGCUCAGCGUGUGUGUGUGUGUGUGUGUGUUCAGCUUGGAGGCCACAUGCUGCUGUCGCUCAAGGCGCCGCGGCACAUGAGCGGCCCGACGGCCAGCAUCGCGCUGCAGAAGCCGCUUGGCUUCACGUCCACACUCAAGGUGGACUCACACCACCUCAUGCCAACAAGCGACGAUAUCAACUCAGACGGUAUAUACAUACCUGUCGUCCGCAUGGCCCUCCACACACAUUGAUGCACAAAUGCUCUCACUGAUGUGUGUGCAGUACCUGAGGAUCGCAACCGUGCGGGCGGCCGCGUGCUGCGGAGCCGCCUGGCCUACCUCCUCGCAGCUGACCCAAAGUAAGCCAACGACCGUCACGCAUUAAUCAUGCCCCAUCAUACAUACAUGUAUGUAUCGAUUCACGUGUGUGGUUGGCUUGGCUUGGUUUGUGUAGGGUGUCGAAUCCGAUGAGUCUGCGGUUCAUGGCGGGCGAGGCGGGGCUCGUGGACCCAUGCUUCACGCUCCUCGACCAAGACCCCAGACAAGUCGCCAAACCAUCAAUCGCUAAGACGUGAGCAGGCUCCCACUAUUCCUCGUCCCACCACACACACCACAUAUGACGUUUCUCUCUGCCGCUGUUUCGUUGUCUUUGUCUCAGGGUCACCCAGGAGCAGAGCCGUGUGUGGGCGGACCGUCGCGUACGUGAGGGUGUGAGCAUAGCGCGGCGCGGCGACCACGUGCAGGCGAUGGACUACUACAACACGGCCCUCGACCUCUGGCCCGACCACAAGGACGGCCUCAUCGCACGGGGGGCGGCGCUGGCCAACCAGAACAAACUCAGAGAGGCCCUGGUCGACUUCGACAAGGCACUCAGUAAGUGGGUGGCGGGAAUGAGAAGGAGAGAUGAGAUGUGUGACGGAUGCCUGAUGACACACACGCCCUGUGUCGAUCAGAGCUGUCGCCGACGAACGCCAAUGCCCUCAAGUACCGUGAGAUGACGCAGAACCGGCUGCAGCAGAGGGAUGGGCGGCCCACACAGGAGUCCCAGGGGCCCACAGGUACCUCCACAAUCACACCACACACCGCACGCCGUGAUGCUGUCUUCCCUUCCCCCCAUCUGUGUGUGUCUCUGUCGGUUCUAUUCUCAGAUGCGCGUGAAGGUCUAGUGUUUGAGUGGCGCGACAGCCAGCCGUCAGCCCGCCGCAGAUCACACCGAUCCCCCAGCCCACCACACACGCGCGAUGAAGAAGAUCGCGACAAGGACGACGACAGAAACAAAGCGUCUCAACCAAUAGAGGUACCCCUCCACUCCCCUCCCCUCUUUGUGUGUACUCUUACAGCAUUUCGCGUGUCCCGUUGGUUGCUGGUCGGUCGAUCAGGUGGUGUCUGACAGCUCUGAGUCGAGUGAGGACGAAAGACGGCGGAAGAAGCGGAAGAAAAAGAGGAAGAAGCGCAGAAGGGAGCGGGAGAGACAGCAGCAGGAGGCCGCCAUGCCCUACGGCCCAGAUCUGCCAUCGGAGACCACCCCUGCACCACCAGCAGGAGGUGCAUCAGCAGCAGAUAGGGGGGCUGGUGGUGAGAGCCCUUUGUCUGAUUCGAGCGACGACAGGGCGUCUCGGAAGCGCAAGGAUCGCAAACGCAGCAAGAGGGGGAGGAAAGGUGGGUGCCGACCUGACCCAUAGGUGGAUGGAUGUGACCCAUGUGCCUGUGGGUAUGUGUGUAUGUAUGUGUGUGAUUGGUCAGAGUCGUCUCGUCGUGACAAAUCGUCACGGAAGCGGCGCAAGAGGGAGGGCAGCCGCAGUAACAGCGAAAGCAAGAUGUCCAUCGACUCUUCGGCCGACAUGGACAAAUGAUGUGAUGGAUCCAUUGUAUUGUUGCUGUCGGGCUGUGCGUGAGACCCUUUUGUGCGGCAUGGCUGUGGUGGGUG